GAAAAGAAAAACAAAGAAGGAAAACAUUUAGCAUUAGCAACACUUUAAAGACUUCAUUCAGUACCCACAAAUAGCAAAUACAAGGAGUAGCAACCAAACUCCAUGAGAAGAAAAUUCAUUAGCUCAUCUACAGAAUUACCAUGUUCGUUUUUUUCAUCCACUAUGUUUAGAAAUUGUACCAUGUUGAUCUUUUCAUACCAUGUUCUAUUCUCUCUUAGGUUCAUGUUAGCUUUGUCCGUCUCAUUAGCUCCAUCAACCAUAUACCUUCUCGAAUUCCGUGAUAGCCUUCCCAAACAUUCUCAGAAUCUCUUGCCAUGGAACAAGUCCCAUUCACCUUCUUCACCUUGCAAAUGGCCAGGAGUUUAUUGCUACCACAACAAUGGCUUUCAAGUCAAGGCCUUAAACCUCUCAGGCUUUGGACUUUCUGGUGUCUUAAACCAUUCCAUUUCCUAUCUCUGCCUUCAUAAAAAUUUGCUCUCUCUUGACCUCAAUGGCAACAAUUUUACUGGUGGCAUCCCUCAGUUGCUUGGAAACUGUGGCCAACUGAAUACUAUUCUUCUCAAUGACAAUGGCUUCCAAGGACCAAUCCCUCCUGAGAUUUUCCAAUCAAAGAGACUUUUACAGCUUGAUUUGGGCUAUAAUUCUCUCUCUGGUAAUAUUCCUCCUGAGGUAAGCCUCUGCAUCAACCUUGAAUAUAUUGGAUUGUACAAUAAUUAUUUGAAUGGAGAGCCUCCAAGUGAACUGUUCUAUCUACCAAAACUGAAGCAUCUUUAUUUGAACACAAACAACUUUACUGGAUCUUUACCAGAUUUUUCACCUUUAUGUGCAAUAUCUAAUCUUUGGAUUCAUGAAAAUGCAUUUUCUGGAUCUUUACCUCAUACUUUGAGCAACUGUCACAACCUCACUAUGUUUAUGGCAUCCAAUAACAAGUUUGGAGGUGUCAUUCCACCAGAGAUCUUCAAGGGUCUUUUGCAACUUGAAGUUCUCCAUCUUAAUGAAAACAAUAUUGAAGGGGAAAUACCAGAGACUUUGUGGGGUCUUGAAAGAUUGCAAGAGCUUGUUCUUGCAAGCAACAAGCUAAAUGGAACUUUAUCUGAAAGAAUUGCUCAAUGCCAAUGGCUAAAAACUAUUGCUCUCUCUGAUAAUAAGCUGGUGGGUCAGAUUCCUCCUUCAAUUGGAAACUUAAAAGAUUUGAACAAUCUGUUUCUCUUUGAUAACAUGCUUGAUGGCUCAUUACCUCCUCAGCUUGGAAACUGUUCUUCACUUGUUGAACUUAGGCUUCAAAAUAACUUAAUCAGAGGAACAAUUCCUCAGGAAAUUUGCAACCUUGAGAAUCUUGAGGUCCUCCUUCUGUUCAAUAAUCAUAUUGAAGGCCAUAUUCCACUACAGAUUGGUAGAAUGAGUAGUCUUGUGGAGUUGGCUCUGUAUAACAAUAGCUUGACUGGUAGAAUCCCAUCUGGAAUUAUCCAUUUGAAAAAGCUCACAUUCCUGUCCUUAGCUCAUAAUAGUCUCGUUGGACAGGUGCCAUCCAAGCUUGGGAAGAACAACUCUCCUGGUCUAAUUAAAUUGGAUUUAACUGGGAACAAUCUAUUUGGACCAAUCCCUUCUAGUAUAUGUACUGGCAAUCGUCUUUCGGUUUUGGCACUGGGAAACAACCAGUUUAAUGGAAGUUUUCCAAUUGGCAUUGAAAAAUGUUCAUCUCUUAGGAGGGUGAUUCUUAGAAACAAUCUUUUACAAGGAAAUAUACAAGCUGAUUUGAGUAAGAACUCUGGAAUAUCUUUCUUAGAAGUUCGAAAUAACUUGCUCGUAGGAACAAUACCUCCAGUAUUAGGUUAUUGGAGCAAUUUAACAAUGCUUGAUCUUUCAGAAAAUGGUCUAUCUGGCACCAUACCUCCAGAGCUCAGUAAACUCGAGGAUCUUCAAAUCUUGAGACUUUCUUCCAAUGGACUAGCUGGAAGUAUCCCUUCUGAGUUGGGACAUUGUAAAAGAUUGAUCAAACUGGACCUGAGCAAGAAUUAUCUUUCAGGAAGCAUUCCGUUGGAGAUCACCUCUCUUACAAAACUGCAAAACCUUCACCUUGAAGAGAACAAAUUCAGUGGAGCUAUUCCUGACACUUUCUCUUCCCUACAUAGUCUGUUUGAAUUGCAACUUGGAAGCAACAUGCUAGAAGGCACUAUUCCUUGCAGUUUGGCUAAACUUCAUCAUUUCAGUUCAGUUCUCAAUUUAAGCAACAAUAGGCUCUCUGGUAGUAUCCCAGCAUGUCUUGGCAAUCUAGACAAGUUACAAAUUCUUGACCUAUCAGGUAACAGUUUCUCUGGUGAGAUACCAACUGAACUAAACAACAUGAUCUCCCUUACAUUUGUGAACAUAUCAUUCAAUAAUAUCUCAGGAAAACUCCCUUCUACUUGGUUAAAAUUGGUGGCUUCAUAUCCAGGAUCUUUCCUUGGAAACACAGGACUUUGCUUGCUUGGUAUUGAAGAGAAAUAUUGUGUUGAAGCUAGAAAUAUUCAUAAAAGGGGGCAAGUGUUGGCUGGUGUGAUUAUUGGUGUUGUAAUCUCAGUGACACUACUCUGUGCUCUAAUUUACAUAUUAAUGGUUAGAGGCCUUGGGAAGAAACUUACUCCUGAUCAAUCUCUUCUUCAUCAUUGUCGAUCAAUGACCGAAGAUUUACCUGAUGAUCUAAAAUUUGAAGACAUUAUGCGUGCCACAGAAGGCUUGAGUGACAAAUAUGUGAUUGGGAGAGGCAAACAUGGGACUGUUUACCGCACAGAAUCUGCAAACUCCAGAAAGCACUGGGCAGUCAAGAGGGUGGACUUGUCCAAGUCAAGCUUUAGACAUGAACUGAGGACAUUAAGCUUAAUUAGGCACCGGAAUGUGGUAAGAAUGGCAGGGUAUUGCAUCAAAGAUGGAUAUGGCUACAUUGUCACCAAGUACAUGCCAGGAGGAACCCUUUCUGAUGUACUACACCAGAGUGAACCCUGCUUGGCUUUAGACUGGGACACUAGAUAUCAAAUUGCUUUUGGUAUUGCACAAGGUCUUUCCUACCUUCACCAUGAUUGUGUGGUACAAAUUAUCCAUAGAGAUAUCAAAUCAGAUAACAUUCUAAUGGAUUCUGAAUUGGAACCAAAGAUCGGAGAUUUUGGGAUGGCAAAAUUGGUUAAUGAUUCUGAUUCAAGCUCCACAACCACAAGGUCUGUAAUUGUAGGAACCUUAGGCUACAUGGCACCAGAGAAUGCAUACUCCACUCGGUUGACAGAGAAAUGUGAUGUAUAUAGCUAUGGAGUCAUUCUACUAGAGCUUCUUUGCCGAAAAUUGCCAGUGGACCCUUGCUUUGAAGAAGGCCUAGAUAUUGUCUCCUGGACAAGGAAGAACCUGCAGGAAAAUGAUGAGUGCAUUUGCUUCCUUGAUGAGGAAAUCAGUUACUGGGAUGGAGAUGAACAACAGAAGGCAUUGAAGCUGUUAGACUUGGCGCUUGAGUGCACUGAACAAAUGGCAGAGAGAAGACCCUCCAUGAGAGAUGUAGUAGCAUUCCUUAUCAAGAUGAACGAUAAGCAUGAAAGAACCAUACAUGAUAGACAGAGUUCAAGGGUUUAGAAUGGAGUUUGAUACAAAAUCUUCUACAGCUUUCACGUUGCUUUUUAUGUGAAGAAAAUUAUAAUAUUAAAAAAACAGUGAAUUCACUAAUAAAUUGUGCCUUUCUGCAGCGCACGCGAAUCUGAGCUUCUUAGAAUAGAAAGAUAGCUUUGACA